AAAAUUUCAAUCUGCAGUUUUGUUUCCAUUUGAAUUGUCUUGUAUUAAGUGUGUUGCAGGUCCUAGAUGCUUCUAAAUGGGUAUGUAUUACACAACAUGUACAUGUAAGUCAAAAUGGUAAGUAUGGCAUGUGUUUGUGCAUGUGUUCUUGUUUUCAAGUUCCCAAAAACAUGAAUGCAAACUGAUUUUGUAUCCGCUCUGGUAGCUGCUUUUCAUUCUCUGAGUUUGCACCCAAGAAAUGCAACUUUUUUCUUUUGCAGGUAUUUGUCUGUCAUUAGAUUUGUCAUUAACAUCGACACAUUGAUGGUAAUGAUUCCAGAGCUCCUCCAAGUUCAGCGGUAUGUCCUAACAUACAGAUUUAGCCAGGAUCACUUGGAGCUACUGUUUAAUUCCAUCAGAGCAUCAGGUAGGAUCUGUUAAUUAAAUGAAUUCAGAAAAUAUACUUAACGAAUCUUAUGUCAUGUGAGUAAUGCAUGUAUUGUCUGCCUGUUUUACAUGCAAGGUGGCUGGAAUAAUAACCCAUCUGCGAGCCAGUUCCAGGCCAUUUUCCGCUGCUUGAUGGUGCGAUGUGGUGUGUCACCCAGUGAGACUGGCAAUGUUGCAGCCCAAGAUGAGACUGUGUGCCUUGCUGCAGUAGAGAUGUCGUCUCCAGAAACAGCUGAAGAAUCUCCAUUUGUAAACAUACCGGCCGUUGUGACAGAUCACAGUUACCUGCCCACUCGGUUCAGGGGGCUGGUGGAAAAUGCUCUCAUCUACAUCGCAGGAUUUGUGGUCCGGCAGAUUCUACGAAAGCUGUCCUGUGAUGUAUGCCGUGAAAGCUUGGUGGGAGAUGCUGUACCAGCAUCAUUUGAUGAAAACUACCACCUGCUGACACUGAAAAACCGUGGUGGCCUUGUAAUUCCAUCACAAGGUACUGUGAAGGUGUUAAGAGCUGCAGAGAGGGUCAUCCGGCAAGCAUCAACAAGGCAGGCACCAAAGUUGUCAAAUGUCACCUACAUCGUCCGGGAGGAGGAUGGAACAGAGGACGUUUUUCAACUUGGGGAACACAUUGAAAAGACACAGUUUGGCAUCGACAACCAUCACUUCACACUGUUGUCAUUGGUUGUGUCUGUGUUUCUGAAAAUAAGGCUACACCACAUAGCCAAACUCACCUCUCUGGAGCUGCAGAAAGGGAGCACGAGGAAAAAAAACACCAAAGCAGUCCUCUUUCAAGGCUUUUAG